ACGCAAACGUUAUUUAUGCACACGUCAGCAUUCGGUGUUGUCUGGCUUUUAGAUCGAUACUGAGAAUGUCUAAUUCAGUGAUUUCUGUAAUUUCCAGAUUUUUGGAGGAAUAUGCGUCCAGCACGCCGAACAAACUGAAAGUGAUAGACGCAUAUCUCCUGUAUAUUAUGAUGACUGGAGCGCUGCAGUUUCUAUAUUGUUUAUUAGUCGGCACGUUUCCGUUCAACAGCUUUCUGUCUGGUUUCAUAUCAUGUGUUGGGUCGUUUAUUCUUGCAGUGUGUCUGAGAAUCCAGAUUAAUCCUCAGAAUAAAGGCGAGUUCUUGUCCAUCUCACCAGAAAGAGCCUUUGCUGACUUUCUGUUCUCCCACACUGUGCUUCAUCUGGUUGUUAUUAAUUUCAUCGGUUAAAGUGUCCAGAUGUGCUGAUAAAAAGACUGACUGUCAAGAAAUGUCCAAACCAAGCGCACCCAGCUACUAGAAGCAGAGAAUAAAUAUCAUGUUCAUGAUUGCUAUUUUCUCCAAACACUGACAGCACCUGCACACCUUAUCAAGAUUCCCAAAUCCUCAGACCUCCCUACACUACUAGACAGAUAAAUCACAUUUCUUGAGAUGGGAUCUAUUUUGGGUCCAUUUCUGUUCCUUCUCUAUAUUCGGUGAUUAUUGAAGAGAAUUCAGGCUAAUAUGCUCAACUGGAGUCUAUCUUCAUAUUUUCUUCUUUUAAUUUCAAACAUGCUUGUACAUGUUUCAUUAUCAAGUUUAUAGAGAUAUAUAUUUUUUGCUUUAUUCAGAAAUAAAACAUAAUAAACCAUG